AUGAAGUCGUUCGCUCAACUCGCCGUUUCGUUCGCUAUCACUGGCGUUGCUGUCGCUCUGCCAGGCGUCCCCCACCACUCUGAUCACCACUCCGAUGACGGCGGCGUUACCCAGACUACCGCCGGUCCCUCGGUGCCUCCGCCGGCGCAAACCGGCUGCCCCACCGUGACGGUCACGGGCGAGCUCUGCUCCACCUGCGCGAUCCCCGAAUGUCUCGGCCUCGCUACGGUCACCCAGAGCUGCGGAUGCCCCGAGGCCAUCCCCACCGUCACCCUCAACUUCCCCUGCGAGGACAACUGCAAGGGCAUCUGGUGCACCACGACGUAUGACAUUGUCACCGAGACCUGCGAACCCACCGGUUCCGGCACUGACGAGCCUACCGUCACUCCCACUGGUACGGAGGAGCCCCCCGAGUCGAGCUGCACUGAAGAGCCGACUGAAUCCACUGAAGAGCCCCCCGAGUCGAGCUGCACUGAGGAGCCGACUGAACCCCCGGAGGAGAGCUGCACUGAAGAGCCUACUCAGCCCCCGGAGGAGAGCUGUACUGAGGAACCUACUGAGCCUACAGGUGAACCGACCGGAGAACCUACCGGAGAACCCACCGGAGAGCCGACGGGUGAGCCGACGGGCGAGCCGACGGGCGAGCCUACCGAACCCACCGGCACCAGCGGCCCCGAACCUACGGGUAGCAGCACGCCUCCCCCUACCGUCAAUGCUGCGAUGGUUCAGGAGGGAUCUUUCUGGGCCGCUGCCUGGGUCGCUCUCGGUGCCGUUAUUCUACUUUAG